CAAACAUUGUAACAAUAAUUUUAUUACUUUUUUUUUUUAGCUUUUAAAGAUAAUUUUAAAAUAAUAUUUUUGUUUAUUUCAAAUUCAGUAUCUUAAAUGAAAUAUAAGUUUUAGUCGUAGUUAAAAAUUUGAUAACAAAGUUCACAUCAGUCAAUUUCAUAUCGUCAAAUUUCUGUUGAAUUUUAAUUUAGAGUCAAGAGAGUUUUACAAGCAAGAUCAAUUUUUUAUUCUCCAUACGUUGUCUUAAAUAAUUAUCCAUUUAAUUUUAAUGAAAAACAAAGAAAAAUUUAGACAGUGUUAGAUGAACAAAAAUCAGAAGCAAGGCAAAGGGGAUCAUGAUAAUUUUGCCAAUUUUUGAAGAUGAGAUAACAGAAUUCUAACAACAAUCAAAUUAUGAAAAUCUACAACAGUUAAAAUUGGAAUAAUUGCAGCAGUUUUUAAAUAUCUACAACAGACAGAAUCUGAAAAUUUCCCAACAACUAAAAUCUGAAUAACUACAAUAAUCAAAAUCUGCAAAUUUGCAACAAUUAAAAUCUGAAAAUCUGCAAAACAAAAAAUGGAUUUUCUCUUACAACUAUUUGGAUUGGUUAUAAUUACCCUGUGCUUUGAUUUUGGUGAAAGUUUUCAAACAAAUCCACUUGGAAAUGAUCAACAACUAACAGAAGAACUUCGUUCAUUAGUUGGAGAUUCAGUAUUUGGUUAUGAUAAAUUAUUACUGACAUGGUGUCAAAAACAACAUCCUGACAAUGUUUCAUUAGAUCUUUCAGGAUUGGAAUUAAAAAGACUGUCAGACAAUGUUAUUUCCAGUCAUCACGUCAUUUGCUUAGAUUUGCAAAACAAUAAAUUUCAAUAUAGGAUACUAUUUCAACUCUUUUAUAAUCAGCGAAAUCUUGAGUAUCUUAAUUUGGCCAAAACAGGUAUAAACCUACAAUCUUGGCUAUUUUCUGCAUCACAUUCAAAAAUUAAAACUUUAAUUUUCGACAGUGUAAACAAUUAUGACUUCGGUAGAGAGAGAAAAUAUUUACUUCAUUUUCGUUUUCCAAAUUUAGAAAAUCUUUCGAUAAAAAACUUAAAUCCUAAAUUUACUAAGAAUCCAUAUUUUUUCGCUAUGGAUUUAAGAUCAACAAAAUUAACACACUUAUUUUUGUCAGACAAUAAUAUUCAUGAAUUAAAUAAUACGUCUUUUAAAAGAAUCCCCUCAACAUUGACACAUUUAUUUUUAGAAAGAUGUAAUCUUAAUUCAUAUACAGCAUCAAAAAAUUAUACAUUAUCUUUAAUAUCUCUAUCAAUGGAUGGUAAUAAUUUUUCAUGUUCAAAUGAUGGUUGUUUAAAUUUUGAAAAUCAUCCAAAAUUAAAAUAUUUAUCAUUAGCAAAUUGUGAAAUAAUUUCACUUUCAAAUAAUACAUUUUUAUCAAAUUUAAAACUUAUUUAUUUGGAUUUAUCAGGAAAUCAAAUUCAACAAUUAUCAGAAAGGAUAUUUCUCAAAACACCAGUACUAGAAUCAUUAAAUUUAAAUGACAAUAAACUUCAAAAAAUACCAAAUUUUCAUAGUUUGGUAAAUUUAAAGAAAUUAUAUGUCAAAAAUAAUCAAAUAACAAAUUUGAAUAAAGAUUCAUUUAGUAGUAGUUUAGAAAAUUUACAAAUUUUAUCAUUGAGUACAAAUAAUAUUGAUUCUAUUGAUAGUAAUACUUUUGAUAAUUUGUUGAGUUUAAUUGUACUUGAUCUUUCUGGUAAUCAAAUAAGUAAUUUAGAAUAUCGUUCAACAUUCAAUUUGCAAUAUUUGAUUUUAACAAAUAAUACAAUUUCAUCGAUGGAUAAUAUACAAUUGGGAAAUAAUACAACAUUAGAAUAUUUGGUUCUUGUGAAUAAUCCAUUAAUGAGUAUAACGCCUAAAAUGCUUCAAUUUUUGCCUGAUGAUACGACAAUUGUAUUGAAAGAAAAAUCGACUGUGUCAUAAUAAAAGAAAACAUUUAUCUCUAUCUCUAAAUAUAUUUUUUUUUUAAAAAAACAACUAUUCCUUGUUAAAUUAGAGAUAGUUGUAUAAAAAAUAAUUUACGAAAGGCAGAAAAAUUUACCUAUAAUAAUUAUUUUUUUCAUGAUUUUGUUGGCAUCUGUUUAAUGCACAGUGGUGCAAAAUCAAUAUUCUUCUAUCCUUACUGUAAAGAUCAUAAUUUUAAUGCAAAUUGCACCAAUUUUUUUGUAAUUACAAAAAUUUUUAUUACCAAACAAACAGAAAUAUUUUUUAUUGUGCUAUAACUAUUUAUUAUUCCUAAAAUAAUAUAAAUGUAAAACAAUAUAAAUAUAAUCAUUUUAAUUAAGAUUAGAUACAUCAAAUUCUCUUUGUACGUUAAUAAUUUUAUUACUUUUUUUAUCAGUUAGAGAUUUUUUUAAAAAUUCCUUUUAAUGAUUAAUUGAAAUAAAUUUUUUUUUUAUUUCAACUUCAGUUUAUUGUAUCUCUAAUAAAUGAAGUUUUAUUCGAAGAUAAUAAAUAAAAAUUUGAUAAUAAAGUUCACAUGAGUCGAUUUCAUAUCGCCAAAUUUUCUUUUGAAGUAAUUUUAGUUUGAGUCAACAGAGUCUUACAAGCAAGACCAAUUUUUUAUUCUCCAUAUGUUUUCUAAAUAAUUUUCCAUUUGCAUUUUGAAAUAAUGAAACAAAAAAAAAGUUAAAUAAAAAAAUUAAUUACUUAAUUAUAACAAAAAGCAAAGAUAAAUUUAGAAAGUGUUAAGUGAACAAUACUCAAAAGCAAGGCAAACGUGACAAUUUUGCUACUUUUGAAUAUGAG